AUGAUGCGGGCCCGUGCAGAAACGGUGGCGACCUCUCCGCCGUCACGGUUGCUAGCCGAGUUCGAUGACCUCUAUCACGUUUUGUCGAUGCCGAUAGCAGGUGCCGUGCACCCAAGCUCGCGUGCGGACAGCGACCGAGACAGCAUCGGCGGCGGAAGCCAUUUCACUAGGCGUGCACCACAGCAGGACAUACACUACCUGAACACCUCAGUCCUCACCCUGUUCCCAGACGCACCUGCCAGCACCUUUGCGCGUCAGCAGCGAGACUGCGCCGCUUCACGCAGCGGGUCCGCUUCCGUCGAUUCAUCCUGUGAUUGGGUGGUAGCACCAGAGAGCUGGGAGUACGGCGAGUGGAUGUUGACGUCGCAACCAGCGACGAGGGAGGCGCUCAGCGUGCAUUCGACCGGCACUAUGGUGCUCGCCACCGGCGAUGAGCGUCGCUCUGCAGAGCUUCCGAACGCUACUGCAACUAAUGUCGCAUCAGAGUCGUCGAAUAGGCCAUUUUUGACAACGGCCGACUAUUUCCCACGAACGGCACACCCCAAGGCGGUGUGGAAUGAGCGUCAAGUAGGCACCGGUAUCACUACAAAGGCGCAGUGUGCCCCCUCUACCUUUGCCUCCCGCCUGUCGCGAGGAGUUACCGACAACGAUGCGUCCUCCCAGGCUAAGGCGCGGCCGCUAGUAGAGGUGUGUAAUAGUGCUGCUACCACAGCACCGCCGCCGUUAGACACCACCACCGCCACCGAUGUGUGCAUCACCAUGAAAGAGGUGGAGACUGGUGCGACGACUCCGAUAAGGAGUGUCGCGGAUGACAGUAGCGUUGUCGACGUUGCCGUUCGCCAGUUGAGCGAGCCGCUGUCGCACCACUACUCCUCUGGUUUCGCGGAGAAUAUCUUCGUGAGAAGUUGUUGUCGCGCCUCGGACGGCGGUGCGCCGUCUUCUGAGGUAUCAACAUUUCUGGCAGCGCGCAGCGCUCGCCAGCAGCCACCACGGCGUCCCUCUUACGCUAACAGCACUCGUUCAGUGGCGUUUAAAGCGCACACGACCACCCCUGCUAUGUCGAACGGCCUCCUGGACGGGCACCAGCUGGCCUUCACGACAACCACCACCGCGGGAGGUGUGACUGCGCCGUGGUUGUUGAAGAAGAGUGCGAGCACAGUGACAACCGCCUCUGUAAACAGGCCUGCAGCGGUCUUAAUAGCCAAUACCGCCCCUCUCCUGCCCUCCAUUGUGCCUCCUAUUCGCAGGACCACCGACGCACCACUGCGCGUACCCUCUCCUGUGGCGCCUAUUUCUUCCACGGCGACGCUGCACGUGCUGUCGCCUCAGACCAUCGCGGCUGUCGGACAGCAUACUUUGACUUCGUGCGCCGGACAACCGCCGGAGGUCCUUCGCGCACUCGGCAGACAUCGCAGGAGGCUGGCGCUCCUGCCGGGGCCUGACAACGUCGCCACGGAGUGUCUGUCAGGCGUGCCACGUCAGACCAAAAGUCACAGCACAUCAGCCACGGCGAUCGGCGCAACCUCGAGCACCACCAGCACUUCUUCGGGAGACCUGACGUCGAGCUCCUCCCCGCAGCGCGCCUGUGCAGAAUUCAGCGAACCGCAGCAGUCGUUUUUAGGGGCUGAGCCGUACCCCGACGCCAUGGAUGAUAACUUGGUGAUUCACUGUGAGUGGAGGAAGAAGAUGGCUUGCUCAUCACAGAUUUCACCUGCGGACUGUGGGACGAGCUCUUCCGCUGCUGUUGGGCGAAGCAGGCUUUACAUGGGCGUUGCAAGUUCACGCUUCACCGCUUCCACCCCGACUGCCACGGCUUCACCCACGGCCGCCCCCAUGACGAGCCCCUUCGCCACCUCGUGUGGCCUCUCCGCGGAAGAGGGUGCCGCCCACGCUACCGAAGACUUGUCCCGCCUGUCACCCCAAGCAAAUGAGGGCGCCCAGCAGCAACUGCUGAAAAGGCUUCCUCUGGACUCGAGGGACGAAGGCCAGACUUCGAGUCCGGUCAUCUCCACCUCCAUUUCGUCACCACUUGUCACAGCGCGGAAGGCGACACCGCCACGAGAGGAGGUGCACGACCACGGGCCUGCUUCUUCCCAAGAGAGCGGAAAGGGAGCUGUUGAUCCCACUCGCUCCCAAUCUGACCGGCGGCGGCGUAUGGGUCUCAAGGAGAAUGUGGAGGUAGUGUUACCCGACUGCAAGUCACUCCGGGUGUCCAUGUCGUCGUGGCUUGAGUUUCGCAACCCGACCAUGCGCGAGCAGGGUAAGGAGAUGAUGCCGUCGGCGGAGGAGGUCUACACCCAUCUCAUGAUGCGCUCGAACGCACUGUGCGUGUUGGUUGUCGUCGAUGAGGACGCGGUGCGGAAACCAUGCCUUGUCGUGAGUGGACUCAGCGUGCGUGUGUACGAGGAGGACAAGGCAGUGUCUCUGGCGAACGGUAGAAUGGCUCAUGAGUUGAGGCGGGCACUGAGGACAAGCUGCGGCGGCACUUAUUCUCGUUUUUUGUGCGGUUCCAGCUACGCUGACGAGGAGGACACUAGCGGCAGCGACGACUCGGGGGUUGGCAUUCGUGGCGGUGUUGGCAUGAGCAAUCGUGCCAUGAGCAGCAGCGGCGGUGGGCUGCCAUCCAACCUCAAGUCCUUUGUUCUACUACCAGACAAGAAGGAGCGCCUGAACAAGUCAGGUGAGGUUCAUUCAACGAACUCCCGCCCUGGAGAGUUUGACAAGUAUCUCCACAAGUUUGAUCUGGACGAGACGCUUAGCCGUCUUGCUGGCAGAAAGGAGUGUCAUUCCGUGGCUCUGGAGAUGCUGAUGCGGACGUGGGUGACGGGGCACAAUACUUGCCUCUUGCUCGGGAACGGCAACGGCCGCAGCACGCACUCGCUCGACGUGACGGUGGGGGCGGUUGAGAACGCGAUGAUCAUGCUGCGCGAGCGACUACAUGACUCGGCCAGUCGAGUUGAACUGCACAUCUGCAUGGGGGACGUCGCUGAUGACGAGGACAAUGGUGGUGUGGCAGUAUUAGACCUUCUGGCAUGCUCAUCCGACGGCGACGACAAUGACGACAGCGGCGACGACGAAGAAUUGGAGAAGGGCGUGAGGCGGCAGCGGAAAGGGGCAUCGCCAGCUGCACUGAAGCGAGGCCCACCCCGCUCUUCAGUGCAGCUGGCGCGCAGUCCGCUCUUUGGCACCGUCGUGAAAGGCCUGCGCUCCGUGAAAAUCGACGACGCGACUGCCGAAACGGGUGCCAUUGGUCGCCUCUUGACGCUGGGGUUUCUGCGGUUGAACAUCUCGACUCACUCCUCCCGGCGCAAAAGCGUGCCGAAUCAGUCGACGCUCAGCAACGCUGCGUUGAGCAAAGUACACACUAGCUUCGCUACGCUGCGGCUGAAGACUAUCUGCCGGGGUGCAGACAUGCGCAGUGCACGCCUGAGUGCAUGGGAGAGCACGACAAGCGACAAGAGGUUUGGCUGUCAGGAACGGCACAGCCACUCUGUGGAGUACAAGGCUGACGUGCUCGUGUCCUCGCUUCUGCUCGUCUAUUUUGGCACUGAGUACAUGGUGCUCGACACCCUCGUGCAGCGCAGCCACGCGUACCGCAUGCCGACGCGCGAGGAAGACGAGGGCUUCGUGCAUCCGAACGCACCCAUUCGACAUCAGAAACCCGAUUUUCUUCCCUCCAGAUGGCCAAAUGCAGUGGGGUUUCUGGAGUCACUGGUUGGUGAUGCGUUGGGGGGCCGCACCCGCACGCUGAUGUGCCUCUGCCUCUCCGAGUAUGACUCGCGCGCAACCCUCUGGCUCCGAGCUGUGAGCCGCGCACGGCGUAUUACCAACGUGACGCCGAACUGCGGCAACGUGCGCAACUUCCUGGUCUACCUCCUGGAGCAGUACGACAGCUUGGCAGCGCUGAGCGCCAAGGCCACCACUAGGCACCGGCAGCGCCGCCGCCACUCCACCGCGUCCUCCAGCAAGGAGUUUAGCCAAUGGUCUGUCCACUGCGUAAGAAACAUGAUUGACGAGCUUGACGCCUUCCUUGCCACCCCGACAGGUGACACUCCGUCGCUUGAGCGGCUGGAGAUUGCGAACGAGAUGAUUGUAGCGACGCCGCCGGAUCUGCUAACAAAUCUUCCCCUUUGCGUCUUUUCACAAAACUACUGA